AUGGUACGAGCUAUUAAUGACAUGGGUCAAUCAAAUUUGGUUAGAUGCGCUGCUCAUUCAAUUCAGCUAUCAGUCAAUGCAGGUCUCCGACAUAAUGAAGUAAAUGAAUUAAUGAAUAAAUUAAGAAAAAUUGUUGGCUAUUUUAACCGGAGUUCAACUGCUCAAAAAGAACUUGAAGACGAACAGGAAAAAUUCGGUGAAAAAAAAAGUAAACUUGUUCAAGAUUGUGUAACACGGUGGAACUCAACAUUUGAUAUGAUACAAAGUAUCCUUAAACACAAAAAUUCCGUUAAUUCGGUAAUUUCUAAAAACAAAAAAAUUAACAAAUGGUUCGUAGCUUCUGGUGAUUUUAAAAAUAUGAAAGAUUUAAUAGACGUUUUAGAACCCUUUAAAGUUGUUACUGAAACACUAGGCGGAGAAAACUAUACUACUGCAUCAAUAGUACAUAGAUUAAUCAAAAGCUUAUUAAAUAAUGUACAAGUUCAUACCUCAGAUUCAAACUUCAUAACAGAAGUCAAAACACUCAUAUCAAAUGACCUCAAAAAAAGAAAAGAAUUGAUGGGUUUAGUUGAGUCUAAAGCAUCGGCAUUAGAUCCCAGGUAUCGAAAUUUGAAAUUUCUGUCUACUGAACAAAAACAAAUAGUCUGGAAAGAAUUAGAAAUUGAACUGAAGAAAAUGGUACCCGAGCACGUCGAAAAAGAAAAUGAAUUUUAUAUACCCUCAGAAUCGGAAAUGGAAUCUGAAGAAGAAGACUCUCCUCCUCCAAAAAAAUUUCGAUCCUUAAUGGUUGACAGUGAUGAUGACGAUGAAGAAGAUGAUAAAACGUUAAAUCCAAUUAUUCCAAAUUCUCCAAUCGAUCAACUUGAGGCGUACAAAAAUUUAAAAACGAAAAUUCCUUACGAUCAAAAUCCUCUUAUCUGGUGGAAAGAAAAUGAAAUUGUCUAUCCAAUUGUGUCAUUGUUAGCCAAGAAGUACCUAAGUGUUGUUGCAACUAGUGUUCCCUGUGAACGCUUAUUUAGUGAAGCUGGACAGGUCAUUUCACAAAAAAGAAACAGGCUAUCACCGGAUAGAGUCAAUCAACUUCUAUUUUUAAACUCAUUUUUCAAAUCUGAAGAAAUGGCAGAAAGCUUAAUGGUAAGACAAUAG